GAUUCGCUUAUCAUGAGAGCUCUUUUUAUCAUCUACCUUAUCCUUGCUCCUUUUGGAGCUGAAGCAAGAACUUUGCUAGAAAAUCAUCAUGUGAAGGUUGGAUUUGGUUAUGGAAGGCAUGCACAUCUACCCCCACCAUCUCCAGCUUCAUCUCCACCAACCAGGGAUGUAUCCAGUGUUUUCGGUACUCGCACCGACCAGAAAAUUAGCUCUGAAAACACUGAGCUUUUCAAGAAACUGUUCGUCUCAUACCUUCUGCCUGUCUCAUAUGUCUGGAACCUGAUCGCUUCAUCAUCUUGUCAUGACCUUUCAGACAUUCCUGACACGAAGUCCGAUGAACAAUACUGGAGGCGUAGGCCUCAUCAAUCGCCCCCAUCUCCAAGGCCAUCAGAUCGCACACGUCCAAAAAUUAUCGACUCAAAUUGUCAUGACCUUUCAGACAUUCCUGACACGAAGUCCGAUGAAAAAUACUCAAGGCGUAGGCCUCAUCGAUCGCCACCAUCUCCAAGGCCAUUAGAUCGCACAGGUCCAAUAAUUAUCAACUCAAAUUGUCAUGACCUUUCAGACAUUCCUGACAUGAAGUCCGAUGAAAAAUACUCGAGGCGUAGGCCUCAUCGAUCGCCACCAUCUCCAAGGCCAUCAGAUCGCACACACCCAAUAAUUAUCGACUCAAAUUUUCAUGAUCAUAAUAAUAAUAACUACGGAAGGGAAGGUGGAAGACUAGCACCUCCGGCUCCAAAGUAUGAUCCUCCCAUUCAUCAAGUCACAAGCAAGGGUGGUGCCCAAGGACUGAAGGGAUCACUUUCAAGUCCAUAUUUAGCCUCCACCUGAAGAGCUUCUCCUUCAUUUUUUUCAAUUAAGGUUCUCUAAUUAUCUUUAGUUUGGAGUAUUAUGUUACUAAAGUACUAAGUGGUACUAGCUUUAGUCCACUUAUCAAUUAUGUAAGUUAUAUGGUUGUACCUUAGCGGUAGUUUGGUUCAGAGAUAAGUUAUGCGAGUAUAUUAAUAAUGCAGGGACUGUAAUGUAUGAAUUAGUAAUGUAGAAAUUAUCUCUUGUUUGA